AUGAUGAGGAUUGCGUCAGGGAAGAGAUACUAUGGUGAGGACUGUGAUGUGAGUGAUGUGGAGGAAGCAAAACAAUUCAGAGAUAUCGCAGAAGAGUUGUUGAUGUUAGGAGGUGCGAAUAACCCUGGAGAGUUCUUGACUUUGUUCAGGUUGAUUGAUUUUGAUGGCUUGGAGAAGAGGUUGAAAAGACUUGGUCAAAGAAUUGAUGCAUUCUUACAAGGACUCAUUGACGAACAUCGAAAACACGAGGGUAGAAUUCCUAAAGUGGAUGAAUAUCCUAUUGUCGAACACUCUUUUUGGACUAUGCUACUUGCAGGAACAAAUACAUUAGUUGUAACUUUAGAAUGGUCAAUGUCUAAUCUAUUAAAUCAUCCUGAAAUAUUAAAGAAGACAAAAGUUGAAAUAGACACUCAUAUAGAACAAAAUCGUCUGGUAGAGGAAGCUGACAUUUCAAAUCUCCCUUAUCUUCAAAGCAUUGUUUACAAGACACUUCGAUUGCAUCCUGCUGCUCCAUUAUUGGUGCCCCAUUUGUCUUCGGAAGAUUUCAUCGUAAGACAAUAUAAUGUCCCACAAAACACAAUUUUGUUAAUGAAUGCCUGGGCUAUUCAUAGAGACCCAAAGUUGUGGAGUGACCCCACACAAUUUAAGCCUGAGAGAUUUAAGAAAGGAAGUGAAGUAAACAAGUUACUUUCAUUUGGGUUAGGGAGGAGGGCUUGCCCUGGAGCAAACUUGGCUCAACGUACAGUGAGCUUAACUCUGGCCUUAUUAAUUCAAUGUUUCGAGUGGAAACAAACUAGUAAAGAAGAAAUUGAUAUGACCGAAGGAAAAUGGGUCGUUGUAGGUAGAAAACUUCCUUUAGAAGCUAUGUGCCAAGUGUGGCAAUCACCAACAAUUAAGAAUUCUAGUCUUAUUUAA